UCUUGAUCCGGUGGCGCUUCGCAUCAUGACUUGUCUGCGUAGACGUGCAAUAAUCGAAACCCUAUUUAUUCUUAGCAUGGCUACUGCUGUGAUCGGUUUUAUUCCAAGCUUUAGAAGACAAGCGUCUCUUGAUCCACGUGAAAGGGAAAGACUAUUGAAGAGCAUUGAACCUGCAGAAGAGGAACAAAUGUCGCCUGUUGUACUUGUCACAGCUUUGUGUGGUGCUCAGCUAUGGGCUCAGUGGGAUUUUAAGGAGAAUCCUCAUUUUUGGUGUCACAAAAAGUCAGAAGUCUGGCAGCAGGUGUGGCUUAACUUGCUCUGGUUUCUUCCUCUUGAACGAGAGUGCUGGCGAGAUAUAGUAAAACUGAGAUACAACAGUUCAACUCAUCAAUACUAUCCUUGGGUACCAGGUGUCAUUAUAUCUGUGGGCAAUGGAACGGAGCACAUUCGCUACAUUGAUCAAGACUACUUAACACACUCUGAGACAUACGAAUAUGACAUGAUCAUUGAUGCUCUAAAACAGGCAGGAUACACUCCAGACAAGAACAUCAUUGCAUUUCCUUUUGAUUGGCGUCUUGGUCCCGAUGCUUAUUUUCUUGAUGGAGGAGUAUUUGAUGUUUACCAGUCAUCUAUUGAAAAGGCAUACAGCAACAAUGGUAACAAGCCUGUUGUCAUUGUUGCAGAGAGUAUGGGGAAUGCUGUGACCAAUCUGUUUCUUCACCAUCAUGUCAAUCAGACGUGGAAAGACAAAUACAUCAAGUCACUCGUAUCUCUGUCUGGUAUUUAUGCUGGAACAGGGAUUGCACUCUACAGUACAGUCACUGAGACAACGUAUGAUUUGCCAGAGAUUAUUGGAAAAGAACUCAUUACUGAUGUGUUGAGGACACUGGGAGGUAUUGCAUGGUUGUAUCCUGAUGCUGAAUAUUGGGGUGAUGCUGUAUUUAUGACAACACCAGCUGCUAACUACACAGCUCGAGACAUUCCUACCAUCUUGACUAAAGCCAAGUUGCCACAUUCCUUGGAGUUGUACAAUGGGGUCAAGAAUUUAACAGUUCGUACAGCUCCUAAUGUGACUGUUUAUUGCUACUAUGGUGAAGACAUAAAAACAUCAAACUACUUUGUGUACGAUAAUGACCAGUUCCAAGGUGACCCACAAGUCUUCACAACAAGUGGUGAUGGUUCUGUUCCUCUUCAUAGUCUUGAGGUCUGCAAAUCGUGGAUAACUCAACAGAGUAAGCCUGUCUACACAAAAUCAAUGACGAAUGUCACUCAUCAAGGCAUCCUUCACAACCAUUAUAUAAUUCGUCAGAUAGUAUCAAUAGCAACAGGUAAUGUCACCAAAUCAGAGUAUUAAUGUAAUGACAGAGAACAUUAGCAAGUCCGCCUUGUUUCUUUUCUUUUGCACUGAUGGUAUUUAUAGUGCUGUACACUAAUGUGCAGUGGUCUAUAGUUGUGUUGAAUGGACAGUAAUUAAUUUCAUUGGAAUAAUGUUCAUGUGACAGUAUAUGGGUGAUACAUUUCCCAGUUUUGUAAAUCUAUUUGCUAUUUGUGAAUUCAUGACAGUCAUACAUGUUCA